AUGAAACCGAGCGCCGUGGAGGCCGCCGACAAAGGAGCGCGUCCCCGUGGAAUGCAAACAAAAACAGAAAAGGUAAAAUCUCUGAAGAAUGUGAAAAAAGAUACAGGAAAACCAGAGAAACUUAAAUAUAAGCCACUCACUGGGAAAGUGUUUUACCUCGACAUUCCAUCAAAUACGAUCUCUGAAAAAAUAGGAAAGGACCUCAAAGAGCUCGGAGGGAGAGUGGAGAGUUUUCUUAGUAAAGAUAUCAGCUAUCUGGUGUCUAAUAAAAAGGAGGCAAAAUUUGCACCAACUCUUGGCCAGAUUUCUCCUGUUCCUAGCCCAGAAUCUGCACGUAAUGGAGGAAACAGUUUGCUUCAUCCUAGCAACCAAAAAGAUGGACAUGGCAGAAGUUCAUUUAAGAUAGUAGAUACGGUACGUACGAGUAGAGGGAAGUCUUUAGUUGAAAAAGCAAUCAAAGAGCAGGACUUAAUCCCCUCUGGUAGUAUACUAUCCAAUGCUUUGAGUUGGGGUGUGAAGAUACUUCAUCUUGAUGAUGUUAAGAAUUACAUUGAACAAAAGAAAAAGGAGCUCUACCUAAUCAAAAGAGCAGGCAGUUCUUUUAAAGAUGUGGGAAAACAAGUUGCUGCUCAAAAGUCAAGAACAGGUAGACUGAAAAAUCCCUUUGUCAAGGUGGAAGACAGAAGUCACCAUUACCGACCGUUUUAUCUGCAGUUUCCCAGUUUUCCAGUUCUGAACUACUGUGUUCCAAAGCCAUAUAGUCCAUUUGAGGUGGAUAAGAAGCAUCCUUCUGGUCAAAAGCAGACUCAGUCCAAGCAAAGCAGAAACAAAAUAAAUAGUGACAAGGCCUGUGGAACUUCUAUUCAGCUCCCUCAGAAGGAUAAAAAAAAGAGGGGAUAUUGUGAAUGUUGCGGGAAGAAAUAUGAAGAUCUGCAAACACAUCUUGAAAGUGAACAGCACCAAAAUUUUGCACAGAGCACACAGUAUCAAGUUGUUGAUGAUAUAAUCUCCAAGUUUGCUUACGAGUUUGUUGAAUACAAAAAUGAUGCCAAAAAAAUAAAAAGGACAAAAUGUAGUACAGGAUACUUUUCUCCUAUUAUUGGAAAGAUAACUAGACCGGAUGAGCUGAAAGAACGACUGAAAAAGCAAAGCAUUUCAUUGAAAAGUUACUCAUGGAGGGAUACGGCGAUGCGGGCACUCAAACUGGAUCGCCAGCCUGCAGCUGUACAACCGACUUCUGUGCCAAUAUCCGCCCCUGUUUCUGGAUCUCUCUGUUCAGCUCUUUCUUGUCACCUGUCACAACCUUCAGAACUGAAAAGUAAGUUCAGAAAUAAUGAUGAAAACAUUAAAACCGAUGGCUCCUGUACUGGAAACUUGAGAGAGGCUGUUGUAUCAUCAAAUUUCCUACAACCCCCCCCUCAGAAAGAUGACGGAGCGUACACAGAGAACUUGUUUCAAGUUUAUGAGCCAUUCAGUAAAGAAAUACUGGAGUCAGAAGUAAAUAAAAAGAAUUUACAGUGUUUUCAGGAAGGCCCGUGUACUUUAUAUUCUCAUACUCAAGUUACAGAUUUUAGUGAAAAAGACAAAAACCUGUCACAGCCAAAACGAAAAUUAAAUAAUGCAGUAGUCCUACCAGCAAAGUGUUUGAAAAAAACAGAUUCCAAUCCUACGUUUAUCAAGAAACAUUGUGACUUACACGAUAAUCAUCAGCAGAUGCAGCACAAUGUCGUUCUGGAGGCUGAGGUAUCUGAUUCUGCUGUAACCAAAGAACUGAGUGAGUUGGCUGCCAGCACUGCAUGCUGUUCACCGUCAGGGAAGCUGCACAGAAAAGUGAAGCUUUACUUGGGAAGGAAUAAAAGGGAAACCCAGAAACCGCACCUGGAGUUACACAUGAAGUGUACAGGUGGGCUGUCUGCUCCUGAAGAGAAGAGGAGUUCCUGCAGCUCACCUGUGCAGGCCCUGCUGGGGUUAUUUCAGACAACCGAAAGAAACUCUGAAUGUGGAGGUUUUUCAAGUUGCACUGAGAACAAAGGUUCGAGUAGCAUAAAAGAUACGUGGGAAAGGCAGAAUACAAAUGUUAUGUGGUCAUUAUUUUCCUCUUCCUCCUCAUCCCCAUUUUUUGGAUUUUAA